UUAUAGUGUCAUAUGAAAGUUAAAAGGUUUGCUAUCUGUUUUCAGAAUAAUGGUUUAUAUUUCCCUAAGAAUUGCGAAUGUAUGAAAUUGGUUCAGAAUGUUUACUUGAACAUCCUAAAGAAAAACAUGUACCAAAGUGUGAACAAAAUGAGAUUGAAUCGAGGAUACAAGUUUCAUCAAGCAAUGACCCUAAGCACAAGUCACAUGUAGUUCGCACAUGGUUACAUUAUAAUUGCCUUAAAGUUGUUGAUACUUCUCCACAAUCUCCCACCAUCAAUCCCAGUUAGAAACCAUCAAAUUUCUAAAUGCAACGAUUUUAAAAACCACUUGAUCAAAAAAUGGAUGAAUAUUCCUUCCGAACACACCAAAAAACUCGUAGAUAACGGCUAAAGACAGCUAAAGAUAGUUGCAAUAAACAAGGGAUACCAUACUAAUGAUGAAAUUCUGAAAUUAAUGAACGCCUUAUGAAUCGAGUUGAAAUUUCAACCAGAGUACGAUUAUGAGUUUGAGUCAAUUUCCACACAUUCGCAAUUCUUAGGGAAAUAAAAACCAUUAUUCUGAAAACAGAUAGCAAACCUUCUAACUGCCAUAUGAUCCUAUGACUUCGUCUGAAUAUAAUGUUCCGAAACCUUGUUUUCGACUACCAAAAGAAGGGAGAAGAGAUCUACCUGGUGCAGUACGACUACGAGUAUACACGGCCGCAGAGGCAUUAAAUCAAUUGACACAUAGUCGGAGUAAGCAUAUUCAGCGCGGACGUCAAAGUGCUUCGAUCGAAGCACACAUUUGCUAAUGUUGAAAAUAGAACAGUAGUGUGCGUGCGUGUGUGUAGCGUUAUCGUGUCUUUGCCAUAGACGAAGCAGCUGUUGGUGCGGAAUAAAGUCGUACUUUUGCGUUCGUACGUAAGCAUAAUGGCGUACUGUGGUUGACAAAAUUUUUCGUAGGGUUGAUUCCGUGAUCCGUUCUGUUUGCGCGAAAUAACGGGACGUGUCCGUUGCGUCCCUGUGAUUCGGGGAUUACGCGAAAUUUGUGCUGCAGCAGCUUGCAGAGUGGUGCGGAACAAUAUUGAGGGUCGCUGUAUAUACCAACAUAUUGGAUAUUGAUUGCUUGCUGGUUGCUGAAAAUAGUUAAAUCGGAGCAAGAUGUCUAAAAUGUCAAUCGUGGACAUAAUAUACCACUACCAGAAAAGCAUCGACCAGUCACCGGGAGACGAAGCAAGGCUUAUCCAUUGUAUAGAAAAACUUCAUCGUCUGCCGAUAUCGGUGCAGCACCUACAGGACACCGGCAUCGGAAGGACUGUCAAUGGGUUGCGUAAAUACGACGGUGAAGUGGGCGUUGCGGCCAGAACGCUCGUCAUGAAAUGGAAAGCGCUGGUAGCCGUCGAGGAGUCUGAAAGUGACGACCCAAUGGAAUUGGACGAGACUCGUAACGAUGGAGAUCACGAUGGAGACAAUGAUCCUGAAUACGACUACGAAGCAUCGAAUCUGCAGGUGGACGAACAACCCCAACGACAGGAGGAGCAAUCUGACGAUCAGGAUGAUCAAAUAAAUGGUCACGAGAGCGACCACCGAGAGAACGAUCAAGACACACAUCACGACCGUUCCGACAAUGUACAUCAUAGUAGCCGGUCCACAAGAGAAUCCGAAGUCAAAGAUAAUAGAAGCAGCAGUCGUAGUCUUUCGAAGGACCACAAAUCCCACGAUCGAAGGGAGAAGGAUCGUUCGGAGGGCGGCAAGGAUUCGACUCAUCGUAGUAGCAGCAGCAAAAGUCAUUCGUCGUCUUCGUCUUCUAGGAAAUCAUCGUCGAGUCACGGUGAGAAAGACAGGACGGAUAAGCAUGGCUACAGCAGCAGCAAAAGAGAUUCUAGUCAUUCUAGCAAAUCGGAGAGCGGUCACAGCAGCAGUAAAAACGGAAGCGAUGUUAAAGAUAAACAUCAUUCUAGUUGCAAAGUGACCAAGGAAGCUACCGAUGAACACAGACUGAAGGAGGAAAGUCAGUCGCAAAAGCGAUCGUCGGAAGAGAAAAGCAGUAAAGACAGAUGCAGCACUAAAGAAAGACAUCACUCGAGUAGAAAAGAGGAAAAGGAACACAAGCGUAGACGACCGUCGGAAGAGGAGGAAGUCAACGAAUCGAAGAAAGCUAAAUCCAGUGAUUCGAGUAAAUCCAGCGGAAGCAGGCGGGAUAGAUCCAGCAGCAGCAGUAAAUCUUCCACCAAAGAACACUCCGGGAAAAAGAGAGAAUCCUCGUCGAAAAUAAAGCACGAAGAGUUGGAAAACUCGGAUGACGAUGGGACCAUUGGAUUGGAUAGCACCGGAGGCGCCAGCUUCGCUGAUGCUCUUUCAAUGAUCGGGAUGCCUUCCUCAUCGAAGAAGAAAUCCUCCAGCAAGACAAGCAGUGAUAAGACGAAGCAAGCUUCUUCGAGUAUGCCGCCACCGGCAUCUAGAGGCAGAGAUGAUAAAGUUUCCCCUAAAUCCGCUAAAUCCAGCCGAUCCAGAGAUUCCUUCUCUCCCAACAGUACGGCUAGCAACAGUAGCUAUGGUAGCAGCAGUGGCAGCUAUUCAUCGACUCCUUCCCUACUGACUCAAAAAGUAAAGCUGGAACCUUUGCCCGAAGCUUCGGAAAUAGUGGAUGUGUUGCCUGUGAUUUCUCCCCACUACAAACCGAUGCCGCUAAAUCAAACCGUGAUGGAGUGCGUGUUCUCCAGCACCGGCAAAAACCAGAAGCGCACGCUGACCGAAGAGGAAGCUCUCGGGCAGAGCAUGCAAUCGAAAAAUUUGCGCACAAAAGUAUAUUCUGGGGUCAAGAACAACAAGGAAGGCGUUCCCAAACUGUACGAUCUCUGCAUCCGUCUGCUCCAGGAGAAUAUCGACCUGCUAGACAUUACCGGUGGUAUUCCAUUCGAUUUGCUAAAACCGGUUCUCGAGCGGGCUUCGCCCGAACAGUUGUCCAAUCUGGAGAAUUAUAAUCCAUACUUGAUGGAAGACACGGAUGUUUUAUGGGAACAACACUGCAAGAGGAAGUUCCGAAGUCAGCGACGUAGAGAAGAAGAAUGCGAAACAUGGCGGGAAAUGUAUUUGCGCUGCUCGGAAGAAAGGGAUGCCAAGCUAAGAAGCCUCACACAUCACAUCAAGCUUACCCAGGUGGAGAAAGCUGCUCCCGUCCGCAGGACUCAACUGGCGUACGUAGACUCGGCGGUUAAGCCACCUCGCAAUGUUAUCAGCAAGCAGGUUAAGUACGGUACCGAUCGAUUGCCCGUUGUUUCGCCUGCUGCGAGAGUUGCCUCCUUGAACAACGCGACAUCAAACGUGGCAAAAGCAGGCGAUUCUCGUCUGAAGGUCGCCCCCGGAGUAAGGGAUACUGCUCAAACUCAAGUGUUUCACCCCGGUAAACCUCGAAAGGCACCUCUGAUGGCCAAACUGAUGACCUCGUUGAAAGGAUUCAAAACAGGAUUCCGUCGAUAGGCUAAACAUUAAAAGCAUGCACGCCAGCAAAAAAGGGUGUCUCAGCGGGGAACUUAGUUGUCCGAUUUUUUGUUCAACACUGUGGAACAUAAAUUAUUCUCAGACUGUACAGAAACUAUUCAACAGAAUCACAAUAACUAGAGAUGUUGGUAACGUAACAUUUUGCAGUUUUAUCCUUAGGUUCUCAGCGAGAAGAUUUAUUCGUAGCUAGUUAGUGAUACGAAUAGUCACUUUUAAUUCAAUAAUUUAUUAGUAGCAGUUUUGUGUUUUUAUGUAAAUAGGUUUGUUAUAUUUAUUCUGUAAGUACCAAUCUUGAAAUAUAUGACUCAGUCAGCAA